CAUAUCUACGCGACAGGGUCGCGUACGGCGGCUGUUGUUGUCGCUUUCGCAUUUUAUGGAAAAAGUCCCACAGCUUUUAGAAACAGGCUGUUUAACCCCAGACAAACAUGUCCACAGCUAUGAACUUCGGGUCGAAGAGUUUUACGCCCCGGCCUCCUGAAAAAGGCUCCUUCCCUCUGGACCACUUCGGAGAGUGUAAAGCCUUCAAGGAGACGUUUAUGAAAUGCCUGAGAGACAACAGCUUCGACAACUCCAAGUGCCGACUGCAGUCCAAAGGCUACCUGGAGUGCCGCAUGGACCAUCAGCUGAUGGCCAAGGAGCCUCUGGAGAAACUGGGAUUCAAGGACCUGAUGGAUCCUCCUCCCGGCCAGGCAGACAGAGACACUAAACCCUGACAACGCAAGUCCUACAAAAGCAUGUUGAGGACAAAGGCCUCUGUGAGUGUGACGGAGAGAAGACGGGCCUCAAGGACUUUGAGAAUGUGGGCCUUGAGAUUGAGGACAUUGUGGUUUGCAUUGUGGCCUCAGUUUGAGGUUAAGGAGUACAAAAUAAUUUUAUCAACCCUUUGUGUACAUAACAUAAAAUGAAUAAUAUAUGGAAAUGUUGUUUUGGCAAUAAAUCUUUUGUAUUUAAAUUAAACCGUGUGUGCUGAUUGACAUUAGAUUGAUUUAUUCUUCUCAGCUGCUGGAAGCUCAACACUAAACAGUGUGGAUGCAGUAAAACUCUAGCUCCUGACCUGUCAGUAACACUAAACACUAGAUAACUGUGACUCAAUUGUGUUGCAAAGCAGUUGAUCGUCUAAUGGCGACAUCUGCUGGCCGAUUAUUGCUAUUGAGUUACUUACUUUAUUAAAAACACUUCAAUGAAAAUAACAUUUCCUUCAUGUUCUAAUCCUGUGUCCCAGUGUUAAUUAUCUCUUCAUACAAGUGUGUCAAAGAAAUAGUGAUUUUAGUAUUUUUAUAUCAAAAUU